AUGCCCACAACGGCCUCACUACGGGGAAACUCUGUCAGCAUCUCUCAACGUUGUGUACCGCAGCAACAACAACAGCAGCAACAAUCAACAGCACCACAACCACAACAUAAUCAACUCUCGCAACAACAGCAAUCAACACAACAAGAGCAACAGCAACAACAACAACAACUGUCAGGUCCACAACAGCAACAGUCAGGUCAACAACCCCAUGUUGAUAUGAGUGAGGCGUACAGAUAUCUUCGCCGUCAUUGUGUGCAUAAUAAAGUGGAGAAUUUAUUCAGCAGUGUAUUGAGUGAGCGGCCGGAGGAUCCACUGCUGUACAUUGUAGAACAACUCCGACACUCCAGCAAUAACAACAACAGCAACAAUAACAACAACAACAACAGCAAUAAUAAGACCGCAAAGGAACGUCCAGUGGAUGUGCAUACUUCUAGCAAACCCAAUAAUAAUAAUAAUAAUAAUAAUGAUCGAACAGAUGAUAAGAAUGAACCCUCCGAGUCCACUUCCGUCAAGCGUGAGGGACAUUCCUCUUCUUCUCCUUCUUCUUCUUCGCCUGUGCACGCAAAGGAGGAGCCGGUGGUGGAUGUGAAGGGACACAACACUCCCACCAGCAGCGAUGAGGCUCUCGGGCGGAAUGUGAAGAGUACACGUGCGGCCACGGCGGCGGCAGGCGACGGGGUGAAGUCCGCGCCUGUGAAUGAAACCCCAAUGCACCAGGAUCUGAAUGGAUGGUCCUUUCCACCUAAUCUCCCAAACCAAAUUACUACAACAACAACUACAACGACUACAAAUGGUGCAGUACCAAAUGCGACACCUCCAGAGGCAUAUGUGCAAAAUAUGCAAACCAGUUUAUGUAGUACGCGUGCAAAUCUUUGUGUGUUGCGUCCUUCUUCCUCUGCAAUGUUAGCACCAUGGGCGACGUCUGUGCGGAGUAGUGUAGGAGCUGCAAGUUUAGACCGUGAUGAUAGUACUCGAAGUGAUCUCUCUGCCUUUAGUGUGGUCUCUGUGGAUGUACAAGAGUUCCUUCAGGAGUUUCGUAGUGUUAAGGCAGAUUUUGUGGGAGUAGAUACACGAUUGGUGGAUAUUGAAGUAUUAUCGGAGAUCCUUCAACGUGUGAAUAUCCCAUUACCAGAUGUUCCACUUAUCGCCGAUCUCUUUGAUGAGGUAAAAGCCAUUAGCUCAUAUCGAUAUUAUUCCAAUGGGACACCAGGGGAAGAAGACAUAAUGGAAAAUAAAGGAACCGCACUAGUAUUAGAAGAAGGAGAGUCAGAACCACGAGAACGGGUAUACUUUGAUGCCUUUAUUUCUCGUAUGGCAUUUAUGAUUCAAGGACGAUAUCCAACAGAAGUGUUACGAGCCACUUUUUACACUGUGUUGGAGUCUGCUGUUCAAAAGAAAUGUUCUGCAGAUGGAGUUAUGCAGCCACAUAGAUUAAGUGAGACUGCGGGAGAUAUCACAAGACGUACAAGUUCCUCCACAGGAAGUGUCUCCAGUGCUACCUGUCGUCCAUCUGCAAAGUGUCAUUGUGGUAGUAGUAAUAAUGUAGGGCUCACUGGUGGUAAUAAUAUCCCUCCGCCUGUGACCGCGGCGAAUGUAAAUGGGACGACCUUACAUACAUAUCCCGGCAUCCUCUCUUCACGCCCCAGUCAAUGUGCCGCAAUAAAUGAUAAUAACACAUCCACUACGGAACUCUCUACUUUACUGCAUGGGGUACCAUUGGCGAUAUGUGUAGAGGAAGGCCUUUGGCGAGGUUUGGGUAUUCCUGUAAGUAAAGCAGAGGUGGCCAGAACUUUACAUAUGAUUGGUAUUCCAGCAGAUGAUAACUAUGAGUUUCAUGUAAACGACUUUGUGCGGUUAGUAACGGCGCUUACUGGACAGACUACAGGCCAAGGCGGACACAGUCUCAGUGUGGGAGAACGACUCUCGCCGUGGUUGGCGACCACAAGCACUACAGCCUCAGCCACAGCAACAACAACAACGGCAGCAGCAGCAGCAACGGGAACAGCAUCCAUUGGCAGAGAUGCCUCAUUUAUGCGACUUGGGGCAUCUUGUCGUGAAGAUAGAUUGUGA